UCGAUUGGAUACGUCCUCCGCACUGUGCUGGGCGUUCUGUACAGUAAUCUAUCCUGACCCGUAGGUAUUGAUGCCUGGCUAUAGUCCCCAGGCACCAAUAGCAUCCACCGCCUUCAAGGCUCGCCGGUCUAUCCUGGACGGCAUCUCCGCACGUCUUCCAAAAAUCUCAGUGGCAGAAAAAGGAAGACCCUCUCUCUUUACAUCGCCUUCCUUCCUAUACCGCGGUCAAUCCCACCCGCCAUGGCUCCCCGACUCCCCGGGAAGCUGGCUCAGCUUCCUUUUACUCCAAUCUGGGCCCCUCAAUGCCUCGUUCGCAGCCAUGUCCCCGUCCGCACAUUUGGUAUUCGGUCGUUGAACCCCCCCGAGAAUUCGCGCUUUAACGCCGGCCAUGAUCUGCCCGUGUUGAAAUCGACCCCCACCGCCGCCCUCGAACGCAAGGCGAACACUCUCCCUCUUCGGACUGGUGCUAUCACCUUCAAGAAGGGCAUGACCGCCAUAUAUGACCCCGAGACCGGGAGGCGUGUUGCUUGCACUGUUCUCCAGCUAGACCGGGUCGAGGUCGUUUCGCACAAGACCCGCCAGAAGCACGGAUACUACGCUGUUCAACUGGGAGCCGGCUGGAGACGCCCUGACAAUCUGACCAAGUCUCUGCUGGGUCAUUUCACCGCCAAUGGUAUCUCGCCGAAGCGACACGUUUAUGAGUUCCGGGUCAAGGAUGAGAGCGGUCUUUUGCCUGUCGGACAGGCGGUCAACGCCGAUUGGUUCCAGGAGGGCCAGUAUGUGGAUGCUCGAUCUAAUUCGAAGGGUAAGGGUUUCGCGGGUGUGAUGAAGAGACAUGGCUUCGGUGGUCAGGAUCGCAGUCACGGUGUCAGUUUGACGCACCGUUCGCUCGGUUCGGCUGGUCCUAGUCAAGGUGGUGGUUCCCGUGUUUACCCCGGCAAGAAGAUGGCGGGAAACAUGGGUAACGAGCAGAACACAGUCCAGAAUCUGAAGAUUCUCAAGGUGGAUCCGGAGAACGGACUCGUCGUUGUCAACGGCUGUGUCAGUGGACCCAAAGGCUGUGUCGUCAGGAUACAGGAUGCUAUCAAGAAGCCAUGGCCGGAAGCCCUUCCCUCGUCUGAGGCAUCUUCAUAGUGGCCUAAAUGCACGGGCUUUUUGUUCUUCUUUUGUCCUCUCCUUCCGUGAAUGUACUAUUACACUGUAUUGUUUUUCAAGAGCGGCGUCUGUAUGUGAUAUAUAAAUGAUAUCCCUUUCCCUCAAGUGUCGGUUUCUAUAAAGUUCUCCACUCAGUUGGUACUCUCAAGAGACGCACUCGCUCGAACACGAAGAACAGGAGUGCUAAAGGAAAUGGGGAGGGAGGAAUAGUAGGGAAAUGAGAGACGCUUUCCGAAGCCCGAACGCCUGAGCCCA